GGUGUUUCUUUUAUUUUUAGCUCAGAUUGAGUUUCAGUCGUCCGAUUCAGCUGCUGGAGGCUGCACAUCUCCCUGAGAGCCGGAGUCAAGCACUUUGUUGCCCCGGCUGCACAUGUUUGCUGCGUUAGAAAGUGUUGAUGACACAGGAGCGUUCGCAGGAGACAAAGAGGACAGAAGAUGUUUGUAAGCUGAUGGAAAAUGUGAAAUUGCCAAGUCAUUGUGAUGCUCUGCUGCUGAUUUGAAAGGAAGCAGCUGCAGGCUCAGUGUGAGAACUGACAGGCAGCUACGGUCAAGGUGACUUUUUCUUUCUGCUGUUGUUUCCUGGUGAAGAAAUCUAAUCUGUGUGAAUCUGAGGGAUCAAAUGAAACGAUGAUGCUGCAGGGUGCUAAAUAGAUGAAAUGGAUCCUAAAGGAGCAUGCCUGAAGCUUGGGAUGGAAUGAUAGGAAUGAAGAGGAAGAUUACUGCAGAAAACGGGAAAAGCUGCUGUAUGAGAAAGAAGAGGGAUGUAGGCUGGAGACUGGCUGAAGAACGGAUGUGGAGAAAGACUGGAAAGCUUCUGCUGAACCUCCGACUAAGUCUAAAAGUGUAACCCCACCACCACCACAGUUUUUAAACUUAUCUGUGGGUUUCUUGCCUGGGUGGAUUUUUUUUCCUCUUCAGGUGGGACUUUUUAUCAUACUUCACAGGGGAAAGGAUUCACCCGCUGUUCUGGCAGAGACAAGAUUUUCAUAUUUUCUGAUUUUUCAGACACUCCGUAUGACCCCCUCACCCUCCCAAAACACCUGAUCAGACUGAAGAGGCAGCAUUGUUGUUGUGGUGCUGAGCCUUAAAACAAACUGUAAGCUGUGAGGAUGACCAUGACCUCUCCUGUGAGACCAGGGGUUUUUACUCUGGCUGUCCCAACGCUGACUGUCCUACCACCGUCCUCAGACACAGAGUCCUGGUCCCGCUCCCCCAGCCCCCAACUGCCACGGCCCAGCCGCCUUAGCCGAUCCCACCGCAGCAGGUCCAGAACCAAGAAACUAAGUUCAGGAGAACAUGGCUGCUCUCCUCAGGCAAAAUCGGGGCAAAUGCCUCAAAUUCUAGUGGAGGAGUCUGUGGAGGGGCACGGUCCCCCAGUCUCAGUGAAGACUCAGCUGGAGGGAGGGAGUCCAUGUCAGCACAGCCCAUCACAUGACCUCCUCCUGCCGCCAUCCCGCUCCUUGUCUCGUAGCCCCUCCCCCAACCGGCGGUCUCGUUGGUCACUCAGGAGUCUGCUGAGCAGAGACUCGGACGCGGACAGCUGCAGUACAGCCAGUAACUCUCCACGCAGCACCCCCGGCAGCUCCCCCUCUCUGCGGCGCAGGGUCCUUGGGGGAGGCAAGGCCAGUGAGAGUGAGGGAGGAGGAGAAAGGAGCAGUGGAGGAGGAGGUGGAGGUUCAGACAGCCCGCUGCCAUCUUUACCCUCCGCUUCCUCCCUGACAUCCGCUUACCCGCUGGCUUCUCGCCACUUCAGCCGGAAUGCCAAGAAAAUGCAGAGCUGGUACAAUGUUCUCAGUCCUACAUACAAACAACGGAAUGAAGACUUUAGAAAAAUCUUCAAAAAACUGCCGGACACUGAGCGUCUUAUAGUGGACUACUCCUGCGCUCUGCAGAAGGACAUUUUGCUUCAAGGCCGUCUCUAUCUGUCGGAGAACUGGCUCUGUUUCUACAGCAACAUCUUCCGCUGGGAAACCACAAUCACCAUCCUGCUGAAAGACGUGACAUCCAUGACCAAGGAGAAGACGGCCAAGCUGAUCCCCAACGCCAUCCAGAUCAGCACCGAGAAUGACAAGCAUUUUUUUACAUCGUUUGGGGCGAGGGAUCGGAGUUUCAUGAUGAUUUUCCGUCUGUGGCAGAACGCACUGUUGGACAAGUCUCUGUCCCCCAAAGAGCUGUGGCACAUCGUGCACCAGUGUUACGGCACCGAACUGGGCCUCACAAGUGAGGACGACGACUACGUCUCCCCCACCGGUGAACACAUGAACGGACUGCUCCCAGGAGAUGAAUCGGUGUCGGUCACAGAUCUGUUGGACCUGAGCUCAGUGUCAGUUCCCUCCACUGGCAGCUCCCCACCCCCCCUAGCUCCCUGCAGUCUGAGCAGUCCUCCAUCAACCACCAGCCUCAGUGGGAUCUCCCUGACCUCCCCCUCCUCCUGCUUGCCCGUGGAGCUUCCCUCCUCAUCAGGAAGCAGACUCGGGUCAGAACCCAUGGAGGCCAGCCCGCCCAGCUCCCAGGGCUCGCUGCCAUCCGCCGCUCCCCCCAGCACCUCAGUGUCUGCUGCCGUCACCUUUACUCUAGAUGAAAUAGGAGGGGACAGUCGGUCAGAGUUGGCCAAUCAGAUGCUGCCCCAACCCACCACCAGUCUAGGAAACCUCUCCUCGCUGGACAUCACCAACGACGAGGAGUUGCCCACAGACCCCAGCAACUCCUCUGACACGCAGGAAGAGAUUUCAGGUGAGGUGGAGUCUUUCUGUGCGGACCUCAGCGGGCGCCUCAACAUCAACGCUGUCGUACGGAUGAGUGUCGACAAGCUUCACGACCUGCUCUUCUCUGCAGACACUCACUUCCUGCAGCACCUUUUCUCCCAGAGACAUUUCACCGACCUGUCGGUGGGCGAAUGGCAGCAGGAGGGGAGCAGCGGGAACAGCAGCCGCAUCCUGAGUUACACCAUCACUCUCAACAACCCCCUUGGCCCUAAGACCGCCCCCGUGGUCGAGACUCAGAUGUUGCAUAAGAGCUGCUCCCGUGGCGAGUGCUACGUGGUGGACUGUGAGGUCAUCACCUCCGGCAUCCCGUACCAAGACUACUUCUACACUGUCCACAGAUACUGCCUGACCUCCAUCAACAAACACAAAAGCCGACUCAGAGUUUCCUCAGAUAUCUGCUACAGGAAGCAGCCGUGGAGUCUGGUGAAGGCUCUGAUCGAGAAGAACACCUGGAGCGGCAUCGAGGAGUACUACAGACACAUGGAGAGCGAGGUGUGCAAGCUGGAGACGCUGCUGCAGUCUGAGGUUUCCGUGGUAACUGCAGGCGAAGCCGUGGGCGCAGAUGCAGCCAAAACUCCGCCCACUCUGCGGCGCAGAAAACGGCACUGCUCCCGGUGGCAGGGAGAGAAAGAGAGGGAGGGAGGAGGCGUUGAGUCUGGGCUCAGAGGAGACCGAGGAGUUGGGGAGGAGAGGGACCGUAGGGAGACCGGAGCUCCGUUCAUGAAGCUGGGAGAGCGUUCUCGUGUUGGAGGACACAGCAGCAUCUCCACCAUCCUCCUCAUCGUUAGCUUCAUUCUGGUGGUUCUGGUGGCUCUCAACAUGCUGCUGUUCUAUAAGCUGUACGCUCUGGAAAGAGCUGCUCAUACACUGGAGAGGUGGCACUCCUACUCCAUCACUGACAGCCCGCUGCCUCAGACGGCCGGGGAGUGGGCUCAGGUUCUACACCUCCAGAGACAGUUCCACCAGGCACAGCUCAGUAAGUGGCAGCAGAUCCUUCAGUCCUCUGUCACGCUCCUGGACCAGAUGAAGCAGUCUUUAGAAAAACUCCACCGGAACAUUGUGGUGUCGGACGUGCAGCAGGACCCUUCAGCUGACACCCUCACAGAGACUCUGAGCGAAUCCUGAGCUGUCCAGGACCAUCAGACCCAGAACUGUCGGUUCUGUCCAACAUUUCAGAAUCAGAACUUGUCGUGGGUGGGGCACGCCGGCGAACUACACCACCCACAAGUCUCCACUCCUGACUGACUUGAAACGGCAUCAGACGCCUUCAGCUUCGACCCGGUCCAAAGCUUCCAGAACCACAGCAAUAAUCCUGCAUCUCAUCUGUAUAUAGUGCAUGAAAACGGGCCACUGGUGGGCCUGUUCAUCUGUCAAUCAUUUUCAGAUCGGUCUAGACUCCGCCCCUCCUCCAACCAGCUGGGAACAAAUCAACUAAGCGUUUGGGUUUGAGGCCAAAUCUUCCAGAACUGUCCGGCCCGUCCGGAUCGUGGCAGUAUUUAUUAUUACCUCUGAAGUCUCGUACUACUCUGAAGAAGUCAUGUGAUGGCUGCUCUGCGCUCUGAUUCACUGCUGUGUUUCAGCCCAGCAGGAACUAGUAGAACUAAAACUGGGUGGAAGCAAUAAGAACUGGGUUUUUCAAGAAUGUUUCAGGAAGAAGAGUCGAGAGAUGAAAUAUUAUGUCUGUGAGAAAGAACAUUUCUCUCUCUCUCUCUGUGUGUGUGUGUGUGUGUGUGUGUGUGUGUGUGUGUGUGUGUGUGUGUGUGUGUGUGUGUGUGUGUGUGUGUGUGUGUGUGUGUGUGUGUGUGUGUGUGUGUGUGUGUGUGUGUGUGUGUGUGUGUGUUACAUUAUCAUGUUGCAUGUUUUCAUAUCAGUGUUUUUUCCUCAUGUUUUCAUGAAUCUUCAGCCGACUCAAAACAAAAGGACCAAGCAGAACUUUUCAGACCCAGAUGAAGAAAAAGGGAAACCAUCCUUCAGUUUUUAUUUUGUGUUUGAGACAAUAAUCUGAAUCAUUCUGCUUCUUUUUUACUUUUUCUUUUCUUAUGAUUUGUUUUCUCACUGAUGUAAAACGUUUUGUCUGUCAUCUGAUCACACUCCAUGUUAUCUCGUCUGGUUCUGAUCCUCCAUGUUCUGGCCCCGUCUGGUUCUGAUCUCCCUCCCUAUACCGUCCCGUUUGUUGUCCUGAGUUUGGUGGCUGCAGAACCCCACGGGCCCUGCUGUGCACGGCUCUCUGCUGAAACCUGUUGUAUUUAUUUGGGACGAGGGAGUGGAGAGAAGAACCUUCUGUAAUGUUCUGAUUCUGAUUGUAAACAACGUGGAGAAAAAAGAAAAUCCUAAAACCUGCAAUGACGCUGCUGCUCUUUGAGUCUUUGUUCCUUGGCUCAAAUUUUAGCAUUUUUCUUUUUUCACUGUUUGUGCUUAAAUUGUUUAAAGAAUUAAAAAUAAAACAUUCAAUUGUUCUAAA